CUACCGUGGUGUUUAUUGACUAUGCAGAUAUGGGGUGUCUUCGAUACUCUGAUGUGACACUUUUACAUUAAGGAUGUGAAAGUAGAGACCAAAAAAUCGAGACAGAAGAAGGCUUUUCAAAAGUUUAAGUGACAAUUAAUGUUUAUGUGAGUGCAUGAGUACGUGUGUGAGUGUAUGAGAGAGAGACAUUAGAUAUGCGAAAAAGAGAAGAGGGUGACUGGAGAGGAUCUGUCACUUCUGUGGUUCCCCUUUCUACAGUCAAUAUAAGCGGCACUUACUUUGUGGAGAGCUGUGUAUGACUUGUGUGUGUCCUCCCUUGUCUCUAUUCACUUGUUGGAACCCAACUCUGCAGGCAGUUUUGUCAGAGACAAGACAAUGACUAGAAACCUCCUGUCAAUUCUACCUGUACUCGCUCUCUGUCUGUGGCUGUGCACCGCGGCAUCGUCAAGGCUGGUCAAAAGGUCUGACGAUCUUGACCCUCUGGAGGCUGUAGUCAGUCAGCUUUCGCAGACAGUUGCAGGCCUCCAGGCUGAAAUAGCGGCGCUGAAAUCGUCCAAAGCCGACAAUGCGGUUCUCCUCGCCCUUCAAACCCAAGUCCGAUCUCUGCAAACGAUUACUGCAGAACACAAAGUGGCGUUUCUUGCAAGGGUGGACGUGGAUGUGGCAGCCAAUGCACCGAUUCCCUUUCACGCAGUUGACUUCAACGUUGGCAACGCCUACGACCCCUUGUCGGGCAUCUUCACCGCACCUCACUCAGGGGUCUACCUCCUCAGCACGCAGAUAUUCCCACAGUUUGCAGGUGACGUACUCGUCGACCUCUACAAAAACGGAGGAAUCAUUAUACGCAUGCGUGUAUUUGACAGCACGAGUCCAACCUCCGAGUCCACCUCCAUCACAGACCAUGCCAAUGCUGGAGACAAAUACUGGGUGCAGGUCAACGUAGGGGGUCACAUAUAUGCUGGCGCCCACAGCUUCUUCAGUGUGACCAUAGUUUUUCCUGACAGUUAGGUCAACUGCUGAAUCUUUUUUCUGUUGGAUGUCUCUGGUUAACAAAGCGAUUACACAGCAACUCAUUCUUUCACAGAUACAGUGGCGUAGGAAGGUGCUCGGGCUCGGGAUGGGGAACUCCAUGCUUACAGUGAAUGACAUUCUUAUUCUUGUCUUCUUAAUAUAUCUUUUUUGAGUUGACGGCUGCCUCCCUAUCACCUCCCCCCCCCCACCAGUUCCUACACCACUGAGAUAUAUUAGUAUGACAAUAAAUAGCACUUCUUAUUUGCAAAUCACAACACUCUAAUCUUCCAGCUAAAUCUUUCUCUCUCUCUAUGCACACACUGCACGCAAACUCCUACGGUAUAUGUUUCUUACAUUUGAAGGAAAACUUUGCUUUGUCUCCCUAUGACCAAGGUGAUUGGAACUAUUACACAGACUGUCCUUCUAUAAUACAAUAUUAUCUCAAUACGCCUUGACUCUGCCAAGUAUUCUGAGUCAUGGUAACAAAAUUACCACAGAUUCUCAAAGAAUGAAAUUUAUUAUAUAAAUGUGAUCGUGAAAUAAAUUUGACUAU